AUGGCUGAGCUACGGAACCUCCCCCCUGAGACCAUUCUACACAUUGUCUCUUACCUUCUUCCCGACUACACUCCUGGCAAGGAGCUCCUCGACAAGUUGAAGAGUGAUUGUCUCAUCCAAAAGGAGCUUUGCGAUCAACGUCGCGCACUUGCCUCCUUGGCACGCACAUGCCGUCGUUACUACAACCUCCUCAUACCUUUCCUAUACGAAUCUGUCAGCGUCCACUGCGGGGCCAGUGCCCCUCGGCAGUGGUUGUCGCUCAUGAAGACCCUUUUACACAACAAAGACCUUUGUCGACUUGUCAAGCAGCUAUACAUCCACUUCGACAGCAAUCGUACGCUAGUGUCCCCUACUAUCCGGGCCGAUGCAUACGUCAGGGACAUGGUUUCACUCGAGACUUGGCUGAAGAAGGUCUGUAAACCUAAUGCGGAUAUCUCAAGACCCUUUGAGGUGUCCUCCGCCUUUCUCUUCACCCUCGCUAGCAACACUCAAGAUUUCACGCUCUCUGCAUCUGGCUUGUCUCUCUCCGCAAGCUUAGAUGCCAUUCACGACGUGGACCAGAUCCUUCCAAACCACCAAACAUCUGAGUCAACAUUUUCCUCCUUGAAGUCAGUCUCUCUGAGGAAGGGUCAUUGGGAUCCGAGCAGUCAUUGGACUGGAUCUCGUGAGAGGUGGUUAACCGCAAGGUUCAUUACUAGAGCAAGGAACCUGCGCGAGGCCCACCUAGUUCGUGCAGCUCUGGAGUUUCCCAGUCCACCAUCGACGAAUCUGACAACACUCGCUCUGAGCAACUGUACAAUAUCACUUCCGAUUCUGGCCAAUGCUAUCCGAGCCUGUCCGAAACUGGAAAAGUUCUUCUGGAAGAAGCAAAGGCGGUGGGACCUGCACCCACACACCAUCCCGCCAUGGCUGAUAUUGGGGGCUCUGGGAAUACGUCGUGCCACCCUCCGCACUCUGGUCAUCGAUUUUGACGGCGUCUGCGGUCGAGGAACGCAGGUCCCUGCAGUUGAACUUAGCACCUUUACGAAUCUGGAGGAAGCCUGGGUCGACAUCAGUGUCUUUGACAAGGACAGAGGCAACUACACAGACUCGGAGUCUGACCCACUCAAUCUGACUGUUGUGGAGGGCAGUCCUCUGAUCCGAACUUUGCCGUCUUCCAUCCGAAAGCUGCAUCUGUCUGGUGCCAUGACAGACUUCAUCUACGAAGAGGUUCUGUGGCUGGCUAGGGCUGGCAUGAACAAGACCCGACACAUCCCCGAAGACUUCGCACUGGAUGGAGGCUAUUUAGAUGGCGACAUGUUCAACUUGUACGAUCACCGGAACGACGACCAGCAUCUCCCCACAACCGUCUUGGACCGUCAGCCUUUCCUCUGGUGA